GGGAGGGGUCCGGAGAGGUUGGCGGUUGGCGGGUAGGUCGCGAGCCGGCGCGCGGGGGAGGCAGGAGCGGGCCGGCAGACGGACUGAGGAGGUGUCGAAGGAGGAGGGAGGAAGCGUGGGGAGCGGAGCCCAGCGUCGCCAUGGUGGAGAAGGAAGAGGUGGGCACCAUCAGCGAGGAGGAGGCGGCUCAGUACGACCGGCAGAUUCGUCUGUGGGGGCUGGAGGCGCAAAAACGGUUGCGAGCCUCCCGGGUGCUUCUUGUUGGAAUGAAAGGUCUGGGGGCAGAAGUUGCGAAGAAUCUCAUUUUGGCAGGUGUGAAAGGACUGACCAUGAUGGAUCAUCAGCAGGUAUCUCCAGAAGACACUAGUGCUCAGUUCUUGAUUCCUACCACUGGAUCCUCUGGCCGGAAUCGGGCAGAAGCCUCUUUGGAGCGAGCACAGAACCUUAAUCCCAUGGUGGACGUGAAGGUGGACACAGAGAAUAUAGAAAACAAACCUGAAACUUUCUUCACCCAGUUUGAUGCUGUUUGUCUGACUUGCUGUUCCAGGGAUGUCUUAGUUAAAAUUGACCAGAUCUGUUAUAAAAAUAGCAUUAAGUUCUUUACUGGUGAUGUUUUUGGCUACCAUGGAUACAUGUUUGCUAAUUUGGGAGAGCAUGAGUUUGUGGAGGAGAAAACCAAAGUUCCCAAAGUCAGCCCAGGUGUGGAAGAUGGCCCUGACACCAAGAAGGCAAAGUUGGAUGCCACUGAAACAACGAUGGUCAAAAAGAAAGUGGUUUUCUGUCCAUUCAAGGAGGCUCUGGAGGUGGAUUGGAGCAGUGACAAGGCCAAGGCAGCCCUCAGACGGACCACUUGUGAUUAUUUUCUGCUCCAAGUGCUUCUGAAAUUCCGAACAGAUAAAGGGCGGGAUCCCCAGUCAGAUACUUAUGGUGAGGAUUCCGAGUUGCUGCUUCAGAUCCGAAAUGACCUGCUGGAGUCCCUGGGCGUGAACCCUGAUCUGCUUCCUGAUGACUUUGUCAGCUACUGCUUCUCCGAGAUGGCCCCUGUUUGUGCAGUUGUUGGCGGGGUACUGGGACAGGAAGUUGUAAAGGCCCUGUCUCAGAGGGACCCUCCUCACAACAAUUUCUUCUUCUUCGAUGGUAUUAAGGGAAAUGGGAUUGUUGAGUGUCUUGGUCCCAAAUGAAUGCAAACCUUGGGCCCUGGAUGACCUCUGCAGCCUGCCAUCAAAGUCCAGAUGCAGGCCCCACCCUAGUGCCCAAAGAGAAGAGCUUUUAACAUUGGGAUUCAGCAGAUGUGAUUCUUGAAGUCAUUAACAGAUGCUGGUCAAUACAGGGGGCUUGGAGAAUGACUGUUACCAUUUCAGCAUGACUCCGUUCCAUGUUUGUCCUGCCUGGGCAGAGGUCACCGACCCUGGCUGCCCUCCCGCUCCCAUCCCAGCCAGACUUCUCUUCCUUUGCUGUAUUCUUUGAUGAGCCAGGGUGGAACUGUCCCUUCAGAGUGUCUCACCACCUUCUGCUCAUUCCCCAUCCAAAGUCAUGGCAAGAGGAGUCUGACUUCGGAUGAGGAACAAAGGACAGGCCGGGGGAAACGGGGGUUCCAAAUUUAGGCAGGUGGCCUUGUGGGAGGGCCUGGCACAGGGCUUGGCAUUUUAGUUUAGAAUCCCUUUUUGUUAGAAUCAAACUCAAAUUGGGUCUUACUCCUGGUUUCUCUCGAGAAGGUAGUCACUCUGAGUAGGACAUCACCUCCUUGUACUUUGGUUUCCUGAAGGGAUUGCAGCCCUUGAAUCAUUGUGAUUGGCCAACAAUGGCAAGCAUUUUGAGAAAAACGUGAAUUUCAAAAUCUCCCUAUAUCAAGGCCCAGCCCAGUGCCUGCUUCUGAAGGCCAGAAGGCAGAAUCAUUCACACAGCCUCUUUAGACAGGAGUCUCUCACAUUUUUUAUGGAGUUGGGGGUGGGGGGAGUGUUUUGUUUUUUUAAUAAUGCGUUCUUUUGGCCAUCCUAGAAUGGCAGCUGUUGUAUUUUCCAUGUUUUCUAUAUUUGCCUGGAUUCUGGAAAACAAUAAAACAAGGUUGGUUGCUUC